UUUUUUAGAGUCAAUUCGAUCGCCAAGAAGGACCGUCGUCUCCUUUUCCCAGCGUCCAUUAAUCGAUGAAUUUGGAAAGUCAGCUCCAAUAAUCUUCUAUUCCCACAAAAUCACUUACCCAGAUAGGACCAUUGGAGGAACUGAUGAUUGCAGUAGAUUGAUAGUAGGGGUGGCAAACGGACGGGACGGGUCGGGUCGGAUAUGAGCCGGUCAAAAUAGGUAAUUCAAAAAACAAAUAAAUUAUCUGACCCAACCCGUAUUUGUGAGUUAAUAAACAAUGACUUAUCCGGCGAAUAAUAUCACUUCUUGAAUAUGAUCUCCCAAACUUGAGUAACCCCAAUUUAAGGUUUUAUAAAUGUAAAAGUUAAACACUUAGUUAUCUAUUGAUUAUCCAUUUGGUUAAUCAUUUUCUAAGCGGAUAAUAUAAUUAUAUAACUGUUUUCUUUUAACCAUUUUGCCACCUCUAAUUGAUAGUCAAGUAAAAUUUAUCUAAUCAUGAUGAUUCUUUUGAAUAUUACAGAGAAUUGAUAUAACCAAUACCAACUAAUUUGAGAUUAAAAUACUUGAUUAAAUUGAUUGAUCACAUUGAAAUAAUCAGGGGAGUGGAAUUUGAGAUCCAACAUUUUCUUGUCAGGUAACAUGUUUAAUUAACCUAAGAAUUGUGUUAUUCCACCAUCUAACUUAAUUGGCUAGUAGUAGCAUAUAGCAUUCACCCUUUUUAGCUAUGUGGUUUUAGAUCUUUCCUAUUCAUUUUUACUCAAUCUCCGACGAAAACGUUGAAGUGGAGAUUUUUCAAUUUAAGAAUUAGUAGAACAUGUAAAAUUAGUAGAACAUUUUUACAUGUUGUGUCUUUGUUUUUUUUCUUGUUGUUGUUAUUGUUGGUUGCUUCCUUUUCACUGUUCCUUGAACCCAUGAUCCAUCGGAAACAGGUUCUAUGCCUUCACAAGGUAGGGGUAAGAUAUGCAUACAUAUUACUCUCCCAAGUCCCACUUGUCGGAUUACAUUAGAUUUUUUGUUGUUGUUGUUGUUGUCAUAUAUGAAUUUCAUUCGAGGGGAGAAUUGCUCUUUUGACGAUUAGCAGUUGCUGGAAAAAGCAAUCGACAAGAUUUAUAAACAGGAACUCCUUUGGGAUCAUAUGAAAUAGAAUAAAGCAGAAGUAGUUUAACAAAUUACUCUGUGCAGGAAAUUCAUUACCAAGAUCUCCAGCAGUUUUUGGAUUUUUCUGAAGCAGUGUCAGGAAGGGCAUCUAGUGGAGUGACUGGAAUUAUUAGUUUGUCAAAAUAAUUAUAUUCCAGUGGAAGGAUUGCAAUAAUACCAGUUUGAUGACUUUUUCAUCAAUUGCAUAUUUUCGUUUGUGGAAUUUUCAAAUAUUUGGACUUUGGUGGUUCAUUAGAUGGGAAAGUUUGGUUGUAUUACUGGUUUGGUGGAAUAUUCUAAGACUUUUUUUUUUAAUUUUGUUUUCUUCUUCUUUUCUGAGAUGACCAGAUAAGCACAUUGAUACCAAUUUAUAAACACUUGAAUGUUCGUUUGAGUGUCCAUCUCUACCACUUGUCAAUACUCUUUCAAAACAGGUACUAGGGAAUGAAGAUAUCGUUGGUUGAUUUAGUUCUCUUGUUUUUGUACUUUUAUGUAGUUAGCUGCAAUAGUAGUCGUUCACAAGCGUUGUUGCCUGGCCAUUUCCUUUCCUUUUCUGCAGGAGAUACAUUAGUAUCCGAACUAGGGAAGUUUGAACUUGGUUUCUUCAGUCCAGGUAAUUGCGAUAAGCUCUUUAUUGGUAUAUGGUAUUCAAACAUAAAAACCAAAACUGUGGCUUGGAUAGGAAAUAGGGACAACCCCAUUCGCCCUCCAUUCAAUAAUUCUCAUCUAGAGCUGACUGAUGGAAACCUACAACUAUUGGAUACACUUAAACAAAGAGUUUGGAGUACUAAUGUAACCAUAGCUUCAAAAGAAGAUGUCAAUAGGGCAGUACUUCUUGACUCUGGAAAUUUAGUUUUGACAAAUGGCAUCGAGAUAAAGUGGCAGAGUUUUGAUUAUCCAACAGAUACAUGGCUUCCUGGUGCAAGGAUUGGAUUUGAUAAGAGCAAGAACACACUCCAGAAACUUACUUCUUGGAGGAAUCUGAAUGAUCCGGCUACAGGAAAGUACUCUUUGCAAUUAGACCAGAAUCAAAAUGGUGAGUUAGUACUACUAGAUAACCGCGGGAAAAACUGGAGGAGUGGGCCUUGGGACGAAGGAGGGUUUGAUUCUCUAGCUGAAAGAAAGGGUGUAUUCAACUUCAGCUAUGAUCCAACUAAAGAUAGUAAAUAUAUUACUUUCAAUGUCUUUGGUGAAUCUGACAUUUCUCGAAUUGUCCUAGACUCUCGAGGGUUGAUGGGUGGAUGGUUCUGGUCCAAAGAUCAUCAGAAGUGGCAGUUAGUGUUGUUUGGACCUGCUGAUUUUUGUGACCGAAUAAAUAUCUGUGGUUCUUUUGGAAUUUGUUACAUAACUUCUGCUCCACCCUGUGAAUGUUUACAAGGUUAUGAGCCGAAGUAUAAAUUAGACUGGGAUAUUAAUGACUAUUCUGGUGGGUGUGUGAGAAAAACUCCAAUGCAGUGUGGCAGCAAAAACGUAGGUUUUGUCCGUAUACAAAAUGUAAAACUUCCCACGUCAUCUGAAUCAAUGCUAGUGGGGAAUGAUCAGAUCUGUGAAUAUAUAUGUUUGUCUAAUUGCUCGUGUAAUGCUUAUGCUUACAGUAGCGGUGGACAGUGCUUAUUAUGGAAUGGCGAUCUGUUCGAUCUGAAAAGAUUACCUAACAAUUCAAGUCAAGUAGAGUUCAACCUUAAGCUUUUUGAGAGCUCCAACAAAGGAAAGAAGAAACCACUGUUGGUAGCACUAGCAGCAUCCAUCACUUCAGCAAUAUUUGUCUGUGGUACAUGCUGUUACUUUCUAUGGAGAAGAAAUCUCAGGGAAAAAGGGAUUUUGAGAAAGAAAAAGUUCAGGGAAAUGUUACUUUCUGAGUCAGCAACUAACUUGGCAAAACCUGGACAUUCCAGUAAUAAGGGACAAGAAAAGAAAAGUGACAUUGAACUGAAGUUCUUUGAAUUACAUGACCUGAAAGUUGCGACGGACAAUUUUUUGCUCGACAAUAAGCUCGGAGAAGGAGGUUUUGGGGCUGUUUUUAAGGGUCAAUUACCAGAUGGGCAGCAAAUAGCUGUGAAAAGGCUAUCAACUCAAUCAAGGCAAGGUAUACGCGAAUUCAAAACUGAGGCCCUUCUCAUUGCAAAACUCCAACACAGAAAUCUUGUUAGGUUCUUUGGCUGCUGUGUAGAAGACGAGGAGAAAAUGUUGAUAUAUGAAUACAUGCCAAACAAAAGUCUAGACUAUUUCAUAUUUGACGAGAGCAGGAAGUCGUUGCUUGAUUGGAAAAAGCGGCAUGAAAUCAUUAUUGGAAUAGCUAGAGGGAUACUCUAUCUUCAUCAGGACUCAAGACUGAAAAUAAUACACCGUGAUCUGAAAGCCAGCAACAUUCUUUUGGAUGAAGAUAUGAACCCCAAGAUAUCCGAUUUUGGUACUGCUAGAAUAUUUAGUGGAAACCAAAAUGAAGCUAAGACUCUUCGAGUUGUUGGAACAUAUGCCUAUAUGUCACCUGAAUAUGCUCUAGCUGGUCUGUUCUCAGUAAAAUCCGAUGUCUUUAGCUUUGGCGUUAUGGUAUUGGAGGUCAUUAGUGGAAAAAAGAACAGGAUAUCUUAUAACAGUGAUUCCCCUCCAAAUUUGAUACGGCAGGCCUGGGAACUGUGGAAUGAUGGUAGGGACUUUGAGCUGAUAGAUCCAACAAUAGUUGAUUCUUGUACCAAUGAGGAAGCACUACGCUGUAUUCAAAUAGGACUAUUGUGUUUGCAAAUUGAUGCAGCAGACAGACCAACCAUGUCAUCAAUUCUGUUCAUGCUAAGUAAUGAGGGCACAGUUCCAUCGCCGAAGCAUCCCUUGAUUACCCUUACCUCAGACUCGAUUACUAUGGAAACAACAUCAUCUUCGAUUAACGAGGUGACAAUUACCGCACCUGAUGUUCGUUAGUUGUCUCAUGUGUUUAUGUAUUUCAUGUUAUCUGUUGAUCAAAUGUUUCAAGCUGUCACUACUUCCUAAAGCAUGAGGUAAUCUUUCAUGACUCGAUGCAGUAAAUUAGAAUAGAAUUUGAUAUUAUAAAUGAUUGUACUUUGACAACUGCUCAUCAAAGCAAAGAAUGACAUAUUACUUUGAUUUCA